UGAGAGACUCUCUCUCUCUGAACUAUCAGUGAAACAUAAUGGAACUAAAAGCAGACGCUCUUUCUCAGCGCUGGCACUUUCUGUACAACUGCCGUUGACUCUGAUUACUCUGUUUCUGUGUCUCUCUUGCAAGCUUCUUUUCUCGCCUGGACUCCAGGUUCUCUGAAAAGGUGCAGCAACUACUGAAUUUUUUGAACAGAGAUGGAGUAUCCUGUUUGCUAAAAACAUCUCCUGAAUAUGAACGUCAGACAAAGCUUUCAGACAGCACAGAGACUCUCCUUAACAAUACCAGUGAUUCGAACCUGGCUAUUGUUGGUGACCACUAUGUUAGCAAAGGACUCUGUUUCAGGUGACCAAUCCUGGCUGUCAGCAGCAUCCCCUGUAAACCCUUCUUUGGCAAAAACAGAAGAACCAUCAAUCCCUUUUAGGAAUGACCUGCUCUCCCUUGACACAGCACUGCGCACUUGGGCAGCACCUGGCUUGAAAAAAUGGACAUUAGUUCAGAAAGAAGCUCCAACACAACCUGGCUGGCAAAGGAGGAGAAAAAGGGCCUCUUGGCGGUCUCCUGUUUUAACUGCACUCCUCAGAACACAUCCAGCCUCACCAAGUGGACGUUGCAGAGGUCAUUUACAUCAGCGGUGCCCAAAGCUCGGGGGACGCUGGAAGAGACAGGUGGGCAAAGCUAGUCAGGGGACUAGAUCAUCCACGCCAUCUAAUAUGGAAUAUGAACAGCCAUCCUCACAGUACCCAUGGGCCAUCAUAUGGGGGCCCACUGUCUCUGAGGAGAUCACCCCAGACACCAGCAUAACAGUUGACAGAGCAGACAGCCUGGUCUCCCAGCAUUCUCAUGGCUCAGUGACAUCAUUCCCAAAUGUUGACAGCUCCCUACAAGAUAACGGCCUGAUCCUUGGGGAAACUCCAUCCACUCUGCAACCUGUUCUUCUUGGUCCUCGGACAGAAGGUGUUGAUCCUCAACUUUAUGUGACAAUCAGUAUUUCAGUCCUCAUUGUCUUAGCGGCUACCACCAUCAUCCUCAAAUUCUGCUGGGACCGAAACCAAAAGCGAAGACGCAACACUGACAGGCAAAAUUCCCUCCAACCUGAGGAAAGCCGCCAGCCGCUGACUGAUGUGUCUCCAAACAGUGGAACCUUCUUUGGGCUGUACAGUGACAUGCAGAAACCAAUGCCAGAAUCUGAAAGCCUGAUGCUGCCAGAACUUAUUGAGAAAAGAGAUGCAGCUAUGAAAAACAACAUGUUCCAGAGAAACCGUAUUCCAGUAGUGAACCUGUGACCAUCGAAAGAGAACAGCAGCACAUAUGUGGAGAAAAAUAAAAAACACAGCAACAAAUGAAAACAAAUUGCUUUUGAGUUCCAAAUGCCAUGAAGGACUUUGUCAAGGAUAUCAGCAUGCUCAGAGCAGGCGGCAGAGAAGAUGUCUUACAUGCACAAGCCGAGCAUCAUAGUGGGACAGCGAGUCAUGUACCCCUGUCCAAAAACUGAUGGCGACUGCAAGCCAUUGUUCUGUUUGCAAAGUCAUGGUGGGACUUAUGGUGUGAAUUCCACAGCAAACAGAUUAAGCAGUACAUGUGACUUUUUUCCAGCUUUCAACUUUCCUGGAAGACAUUUGAUUUGAGAAUAAGUUGAUUGUUUCCAUGGGUUACAAUGAUGAGUGUUGAAGGAAGUGAAGAGACAUAGCACAUUAUGUUUUGUGCUUCUUUCACAGAUACAGAACAGUAAGUAUUUUCUGUGGGAAUGUCAUUUUUGUGAUGACUGCUCAUGGCAAUCAAGCUUUCCCUCUCUGAUAUUUCUGGUCCUGAAUCACAUCUUUCACCAAUCCUUUGCUACACUUUCUUUCUCCACCAAUCAUAUUUCUACAGAAAGCCAUCUUUCUUUGGUUCCCUGCAAAAAAAUAUAAAAACAAAAAUAAACAAAAUAAUUAAAUGUAACAAUAAAAUGACUCUUUCUACAGGCAACUUUUUAUAUAAAUUGUCAAAAAGAUUUUUAAUGUGUACAUUUCAUACUGGAGACACUCUAAUCUUUAGAACUGAGGAUUUUGGUCAGAUAAAAUAUGGCAUAUGAAGAUGGCCCCGCCCUGAAAUUCCAGUUUGGAGCUGAGACUCUCAUCUGACCUGUUUCUUGACAUUUUUCUUCCAUAACAUGAAGUGCUUUAAAAGACGGGAAAAGUAGCUUGCUCUUUGAAAGGUGGCUAUUCAUAGGAAAAAAAAACCUUAGUGUAAAAAAGUGAUUUUUUCCCCUUUUUGGGUUAACAGCCUUGUUCGUGUACUGUUGCAAAAUAUACCACUCAGCCUACUGUGAGCUUUUUCUUAUAACUGCAAUGAGAUGCAAAAAUUAACUUGUUAUAUAUAGAGAAUAUAUAAAUGAUAUAUACAUAUUGUGUGUGUUUUAAAAGACUGUGUUAAACCUGUAAGCCAUUUCUUUAUAGAAGAAUCUGUUUGUACUGUAGACUUCCACUCUGAUAUUUUUUAAACAAAUCUGUACUAUGCUUAGGGUUGCCUGAGGAACUGAGAUGGAUAACAGAAGAGGGGUGACCCAUGGAAUUGUUAAGUAUGACUACAGCUGAGAAACCCCCUUCAUGUUGCAGAUCAUCAUCAUGAUUUAGCAUCGGAAACUGGUUUCCAGGGAAUGAUGUUCCAGUCUGGCUUGAUAAAUUUGUGGGAGACUGGUCCAGUGUUAUACAACAGACAGGAUUGACAGGUCAUAGGUUACUUGAACUGUUUAUCGUACAGAAGUCAUUUUUUUAAAGAAGGUAAAGAAAGAUUCAAUGUAUUUGUUUCUGAAAGAAUGUUCAUUAACCCAAUCUUAGCGUUCAACUUCUAAGUGAAGGGGUUUUGAGCAUCUUUUUUUUUUUAAGUAUCACUGGACUAUACUUUGCCCACCCUUUCUUAGCUUUGAUAGAUCAGUGCCUUGUCUUUCUGCUUUUUAACUGGAGAGAGACCUUUAGACUGAUCAUUUUGGAGACCAACAUACUCUGCUUAAAAAUCUAGACACAUUGCACCCUGGGACAAAACUCUUGAGCAAUUACUCCCACAGCUUAGGGUUCGUAGUUGACUCAAAUGUGAAUUUGAUGGAGAUCUUGGUGGAAUUUUUAUGAUACGGUUGUACCAGGAAACUUACUGUCUGAGUCAGAUGUGUAUUUAUUUUUGGUUUGCUGUCAUUAAUUCGACUCUCAGGUGGUCGACUCUACUUGUGCGAUACCUUACAUCCUGAAUGGCGGAAUGUCGAACACCAAUAUUCCUGAUUGUCCUAACUUGCCUCCCCUCCUGGACCCAUGGUAAAGUUUGUUCCUGCAUCCAGAGUGGAAGGGAGUUUCGAUGUUCAGUAUUUGUGUCUAGUAUAUUGCAAUUCUGCAGUCUGACAUUUGCGGAGGUGCGCUGAUGAUAUUCUGACUUGACUGUCUGUAAGUUGACAUUAUGAUAGCAAACCAUUUUUUUCACUAUAUUAUAGUAUACUUACUAUACCCACAGCUUAAUAGUCAUUGUUGCCCUGAAUGUUUCUAUGAAUUUGCUGGAGACUUGGUGGAAGUUCUGUGAUACAGUUGUCCCAGAAAGCUUAUUGUCUGUGUCAGAUGUAAUCAUUACUAUGUGUCACCUAUGUAUUUAUUUCUCUAUAAUGUUCUAUCAUAAUUAUUACUCAUUUUGUUGUUGUUACUGUUCUUUCCUUGUAGGAUGCCUGAUUUUUUUGUGACAGGGCAUCCUGUAAAUAAACUUGCUUUGCUUCAGUAACUUAA